CAAGGGGCUUGAUCUGGAUACUGGAUUUGUGUUUCGUUUUUUCCUUUAGGUUUUUUGUUUGUUUUUUGAGAUAGGGUUUCUCUGUGUAGCCCUGGCAGGCCUGGAACUCACUAUAUAAACCAGGCUGGCCUGGAACUCAUAGAGAUCCACCUAUUAAGCCUCCUGAGGCCUAGGAUUAAAGGUGAGCCACCACACAUAGAUAGUUACGUUAUUUUGGGACGGAAAGGAUUUCAUGUAGCCCAGGCUAACCUCCAACUCACAGUGUAGCUGAGGAUGAUCUUUAGUUCCUCAUCUUCCUGCCUCUACCUCUUGAGUGCUGGGAUGACAGGCGUGACAGUGUCACCCCGCCCCAGCUGGAUCCUGGGUCUUGAUUGACCUUCUAUCCGUGUCUGUCCCUGUGGCUGAAUUUGCCUCUGUCCAUUCGCCUGUCUCGAGCUCCUGACUGGCUACGCUUGUCUUGCGUCUCGACCACCCCUGCAUGGCUCUGCUAUUCUCUUACUGUCCGCCUCUCUCUCCUUGGCUGUUGGGAACCAGUCCUGCAGGCCCUGGCUCGGGGCCGGGCUCUCGUCACCCCAGCAGCAACAGUGGAAACCCCGGCCGCUCUGGAACUGGACCCCAAGACAAGUCAGACCCCGCAGCUGAAGUUGAAUUGAGGUCCUCUACCAGUCUGUUGGCAGAAUCCAAGGCCAAUGACAAGAAACACAUGGCCAACAACAAGGAACAGACAGCCAACGAGCGAGGACAGACAUCCAACGACUGGGGACAGACAGCCAACGAUUGGGGACAGCCAGCCAACGAAAGGGGACAGACGGCCAACGACUGGGAACAGACGGCCAACGACAGGGGAUACACAACUGACGAGAGGGGAUACGUAGCUGACGAAAGGAGAUACGUAGCCGAUGACAGGGGAUACGUAGUCAACGACAGGGGACACGUAGUUGACAACAGGGCAUACAUAGUCGAUGACAAGGGACUUGUAGCCGAUGACAAGGGACACAUAGUCGACAACAGGGCAUACAUAGUCGAUGACAGGGGACACAUAGUUGACAACAGGGGAUACAUAGUUGAUGACAAGGGACACAUAGUCGAUAACAGGGGAUACAUAGUUGAUGACAAGGGACACGUAGUUGACAACAGGGCAUACAUAGUCGAUAACAGGGGAUACAUGGUCGAUGACAAGGGACACAUAGUUGACAACAGGGGAUACAUAGUCGACGACAAGGGACACAUAGCCAAUGAAAAUGGGCACAUAGCCGACAACAAGGGACACAUAGCCAAUGACAAGGUCCACACGUCGGAUGCCCAGGCCUCUGACAACUCCUCAGAGGAAGACUCUUCGGAAGACUCCUCGGACUCCCAGACAGAGACCCAACAGCAACAACGCCGAACCUCAAGUCCAAGCAAGCCAGCAGGAAGCCCCUCACAAGCUCUGAAUGAGCAUUUUCCAUCCUCAGUCAGCCCACGCUACACAGCUACAUCCCACGGCCAGCCGGCUGUUGGCGCUGUCGGCCCUGUCAGCGGCCCCCAGGUUCCCAGCAAGCCCCGGGGCUAUCGUGGCCGGGGCAGCUCCAGGCCUACACAGCAUACCCGGCUGCCCAGUUCGGGGACCUCUCACCUUCCCUCACAAUUUGGGGGAUCCUCACAGCCAGCUGGCCGGCCCUUUGGACCUACUCGGACAAUAGGCCGGAACCAGGGAACCAACCAGCAGACCCCUCAGGUCGUACCAUCAAGCCAGCCAGUGGGCCGAUCGGCAGCCACCUCAGCCGCCACAUCUGCGCCCACGUCCACGCAUCGUGUCAGCAUCUCCGACCACGGCUCACCCAGGGCCCAGGACUCACCCAAGGCCCAGGACUCACCCAGGACCCAGAGCUCACCCAACGCCCAGGGCUCACCCAGGGCCCAGUCUCCCAGCACACACUCUAUCCCCAACCAGGCUGGCAGCAAGGCACCCAGCGAGCCGGGCGAUGCUGUUUCCAAGAACAACAAGCAGAGCAAGAAGACAGCAGCCACACAGAUGGCCGCUGGGCCCACAGCAGUGGUCGCACCAGUAGCACAGGUGGCCGGCAGCAGCUCAGCAUUUGAGCUGAUGGUCCCCUGUCACUCAGACUCCUCUCUGGAGUAUAUGUCUGAGUCCACCAUGGAGAUCACCUGUAAAUGGCCAGGCUACAGUCACCAGCUGCGCUGUCCGAGACACUGCUGGCUCUUGCAACACCUGGCAUACUAGGGUCACACCUGGACGAGCCCACAGGACACACCUGCCCACGGGAGCCACAUGAAACACCUACCCACCGGAGCACCGUAAGAGAGCCACAUGGAGCCGCCCACUUAGAGAACAAGCCAAACAUCCACCCCGAAACCGCAUGCAGCACCCACCAGCUGGACCCCCACACGUACAGCCUGCCUGUGGACUCCUAUGCGAAACGUCUACCAUGGGAGGCCCACGGAAAACAUCCGUCAGGGUACACCUUAAAAACCACCAUCUGGGGGUCCCCGCGUGUAACAUCCAUCCUCCGAGGCACACAAUAAAAUCACCCUCUCAGGCUCA